GGCCACAUGCCUCAUCUGAGGCUCUUGGCAGCUGGGCAAGAGGCUUUCUCAUGGUCCUUUUAGGCUGGAAAACAGGUUUUGGUAUUCAGCAGAUAUAAACCACCCUUGAGCUUUUUUCUAGGUGGCACAGAAGAUGCUCUGGAGGUGUUAACAGCAGACAGAGCAGGAUCCAGUGCAUUCCCAUCAGGCCUGAGAGGCCCAGAAGAAAGGACGUCCAAACUCAAAGACUCCAGAGGCAAAACAUGCCCUGAAGCUUUCCUCAAGCGCCGAUUCCUGCCCGGUGGUUAAGCUCGGUGCCUCCCUGCCUCCUGCCAGGGGAAAGCCAUCGCGCUUCUGUACAUCCUCUUGGCCUUCUGCUUUAUGCUGCUCAUGGCUCUCAUCAUCACGAGUCUUCAGAAAAUAACUGCCAUGUGGGAGGCUCUGGAAGAAGCAAGGCUGAGGAACGAGAAGAUCCAUGCGGGCUCGUGGCAGAACCUGUCGCAUGUCCAGCACGUCAUGGAUAAGCAGAUGUCUGACGAGUUCAAGGCGUUUCACAGCCAGCUUCUUAACGUAUCCAAAGAAGUGGAGAACAUGAGGGUGAAGAUGACACAGUGUGAAGCGGGUUGUGGGAAAGCCCUGUCAGAUCGCCUCCGCAUCCUAGAGGGAAGGACCGCGACGCAGCCGGCGCCGGAGGAGCUGGCUGAGCUGAGGCGUGAGCAGAGCAGAACGCAAGCGCUGCUGACCGGCAUGCUGGAGGAGAUGCGCAACAUGUCAGAGGUGAUCUGCACGCGGUGUCCGGCCGGCUGGCAGCAGUUCUUAAGAACCUGCUACUACUUCUCAACAUCCCAGAAAGCCUGGAUGGAUGCUCACCUGUUCUGUGUUAACCACAGCUCUCACUUGGCCAUCAUUGACAGCGAGCAGGAGAACAAGUUUCUGGCAAAUCAGGUCAUGGAAACGCGGGUGUUCUGGCUGGGCCUCACCGACAUGCACAACGAAGGGGACUGGCAGUGGGUGGAUGGCCGCCCGCUCUCUCUCAGGCUCUGGAACAGCGGCGAGCCCAACAACGUUGGCCUCAACGGCGAGGACUGCGCCACCAUCUACUCCAGCGGGCGCUGGAAUGAUGCCCUCUGCUCCAGAGCCGAGUCUUGGAUCUGCGAGCGGAAAUGCUAGCCCACUCUCUGGUGUGGCGCUGGCUUCGUGUUUUGCAUGCGGGGCCGCCGGCCUGGGGCCCGCUCGGCUUCUUGCGGACUUGCUGGGCGAAGCUGAGCUUGCUACCAGGUGUCUCUUGAUCUAGAGUGGACUUUAAGCUUAAAAGCCUUUGAAAUAUGAGCACGGGUGGAAAAUAGAGGCGCCAUAGCUAAGGACAGCUCAACGAUGGGCAACUACUGAGGAAGUGCAGCCUUGUGAGCUGGAAAAAAACGCUUGCAAUACAAGAAAGAACAAAACAUGGUUAAGCAAGGAGGCAGCUGAGAAACAGGCUGAGGCACCUACACAACCCAGAAUGCUCCAGCAGCUGGUAAAAAGGUCAAAAUUUGGUAUUAAAGGAAUUGCUGCAGCGGGAUCGCCCUGUGACAGGUACCGAAUCGCAGCUGCAGCCCGCUGCUGGCAGCAAGGACGCCAGGUCCUCGCCUCGACUCUCCAACCAGCCAGCCCCUCACUCAGGACUGCAUGCAGCGCUAUGAACGUUUCCUGUGCUUUUUCACCCCAAAUUCCACAUGUUUCUCCCCUCUAACCUUGCAAUAAAUCUGCAUUGCAUAUAAAUCGAGUUUGACUAGUUACAGCCACGGGUAAGAGCAGGACCCAGUGCUGCUUGUAGGCAGCUCUUAAGCGUGUGUACUGACCUCGGAGGUGGAAUAAUAACCGCUGGAUGCGUUUGAACAUUUAAUCUGUCACUUAUUGAGCAUCUUGGGGAACAGCAGGGAUUUGUAGGUGUUUGUCAAAUGUUUUAGGGGUGUUUAUUAGCGGGUUUUACCUGUUUUGUCGCUGAAGUCGAUCCUGAACGCAGAGCUCACUGCUUGCUGGUUGAUUAUGUUAGUGAUAAUAAAGUGCUUCAAUCAUGA